CUCUGGAUGAGGACAGAGCUUCAGGAUCUCGGGCUGUGGCCUGGGUCUCGUCCAGUGCGUAAUCCAGGGAACACAAUUUCAUUGUGGCGUCUUCCUCCACAACCUGAGCUGAUAGAGUCGGUGGCUGAGCUCCCAUCCCCCAACUUCUUUCAGCUCCACUCAUUUUUCAUUUGGAAACCUGAGAGUGACAUCAUGGUCAGGUUGAGGAACAAUUACAUCCUGCCCUGUCUCCAUGGCUGUCCUCAUCCACAGGUGGUCUCUGCAGGGGUGGGCAGGCCUCGGGUGAUUGUCGGCACCAGUGGCCAAUAUUUUAUCCUCUCCUCGCGACUCUGCUGCAAGGUCUGCCGAAAGAACUGGUUCGCUGACAGUCCGCGAUGGCUGGAGAAACUGCCCAAGCGCUUCACCAACCUUCUGCCUGCAAUCCUGACUUACAAGAAGGCCAUUUGUAAGUCUGUCAUGGAUGAGCUGAGGCGCACUGGCAAGUCACCAACUGAUAUGGCCAACCAGGUGAAUGAGCUCAUGCACCUGAAGUAUGAGCGAGCUCACCUGGCAUACCUUCAAGCCAUAGAGAAUGUGAGAGAUGGUGAGGCUGGAGUGUAUGGUCAGAGGACCAUUGGGCAGUUUCUAAGAAAAGACAACCAGCCACGCACUUUUGGGCCAUAUGACGAGCAACAUGGCUGGGGUGGAGUCUCUGUGUCCGGUUUCUACCUGACUGACUGCCUGCUAGAGGAGUUUAGACGUCAAGAGCCAGCUAUGUCCAGGCUCCUGCAGGGAACAUUUGGGCAUGUUUUCAGGUCUGACCACACCAGGAAAGUGGCAAGGAAGGUGACCUUGGCCUCUGGGGUGAUGUCUAGUUAUGCUGUAAUGAAUGAACACUGGCUCAUUGUUUCCUGGGUGAUGGUUCAGUCUGAGACUGAGAGGUCCUUGGAGGCAAUGUACCAGGGGAUGGCCAAGAGGUACAGCAAUGCUGGAGUGGAAAAGGCAGGCUACCAUUGGAUGGACAGGGAUUGCUGUGCUGCAUUUAAGAUCCCUGACUGCAUCCUUGGUGAACAUCUGCACUGGGAUGCCUGGAAGACUACCCCGUCCAUUGUUGCUGGAGCGACCUCCGGAAGGCAGUUGAACACCUGUGCCUCACGAUCACAUUAUAACGACAACAUUGUUGUGAAACUGGACUUGUUUCACUGUCUGAGGCGCUUUUCACGGGAGUGCACCUCUGAGCAUCACCCUCUGUUCAGCACUUUCUGCCAGCUCCUCUCUGCUGCCUUCUGUGUUGUAGAUCAGGAAGACCUAAAAAGGCUCCAGGAUGCCUAUAGGUUCUGUGGUAUUCAUCCAGCCAAUCCCACUAAACAACACACACGGGAGCACUGCAGGAUUAAAAUACCCCAUCCAACAGAGCUGCUGGACAGAGUGGAGAGAGUCCUGAGUCACUUUCACCUGGCGACGGACCCUAACAAUGUCCCACUCUUUAAGCCAUCCAUGCUGAAGACAUGGCGAAUUCAGAGAGUGCACAUUCUCCGUGGGUGCCUCAGUGACCCUGAACUCUCCGAGGGCAUAAUGUACAGGUACGGAGGAACUCUUCAGCUGAACCACGUACCUGGUGAAGGUGCCAAAGUCCCAAUCUGGAUCCCUGUCAGAGGUACAUCACAGCAAGAGGGGUACCAUUUCCACCAGGCUCACUGGGUCACUGGCACUCAUGUCUCCCCUGAAUUGUUCCAGGCCCAGGGCAUGACAGGGGUAGCACGAUGGAACUACCAGCGGCUGGUGGACCUUAAACAGCCAGGUGUCAACCUCCCUGCUGUCUUUGACCCAGCUUUAAUGUGCGAGUUAAAUGCUGCUUCCAUGAGAGUGACAGGGCAGGAGAAGUAUGCUGCAUUUCUCCUCUCAGACAGGGACACUGGAGAGAGGUUUGGCCUUCAGUACAGAGAGCCGGGCUGCCGUCCAGUCCCACUGGACUGGGACAAACACAGAACUCUAAAGAGAGAUGAGCCUGCCGCUCUUAUGCCUCCGCCCCCCCUGCAGACACCUGCUGCUCCUGCUGAAGAUAAAGCUCCAGACGUGGCACCCUCCUCCAGUCGGACACUGCCCUCUGGCGUGCCAUUCCCUGGACCAGCACCAUCAAUCGGCCAUCCACUCUCUGCUGGUGCACUGCCAAAGCAGGAGAUGCCUCCAGAAGAAGUCCAGGAUCCUCCAGCAGCAAUGGAAAUCUCACAUGCCCUGCCGCUGCCUCUGAGUUCCUCACCAAGGAGUGCCCGCACUGGACCCAUAAAAACUGGCGGAAGAGUUUUUGUGUUGGACCACACACGCUGGACAGCACCCAUGAAAGUGGCUAUUGACAGUUUGCUGCAGAAGCACCAUGGAAAGAAGGACCGCCUGAAGCUUGUGGAUCAAGAUUACGCAGACAUGGUCCAUCAGUCAGCCACAGAUCCAAACAGCUUGCUGCACCCCACAACCAGGCUGCACAUAUCUCGCUAUGUGAAGCACCUGGCAAAACUUCUGAACACUAGUUCCUCCUUAAACACAAGCCAGGAAAAACUUCUGGACACUCAGCAGCUGUGGCACUCUUUAACAGAGGGGAGUGACACAUCUAGUGUUCCUGUGGUCACCAUGGAGGCAGCUGUUGUCAAGCCCCCUACACCUGCCCAGUCCACACCUCUAACCCAAGACUCCCUUGAGAAAAUUGUGGAGGGCAUCUUGGAAAAGCAGCAGCAGCAGCAGCAACAGCAACAACAGCAGCCCCAGCCAGAGCAGAAGAAAAGGCAGACGAAGACGUGUCUUGCCUGUGGACAGCCCAAGUCUCGAUACGGGACUGAUGGAUCCUCCAUCCACCAUUUUUUCCAACAGGGGCCUGUGCGCUAUUUCUAUUGUUCAAAGAAGGUGCAUCAAAGUUAUGCUGCUGAGGGACUUUCAGAUGCCCAGAUGCCCUUUGAGCAGUUUGCAAGUACAGAUUUCUUCCAGAGGGAGCUGGAGGAAACCAAAAAACGCGUGGAAGAGAAAGUGGAAAAAAAAAGGAAACGGCCAGACCCCCAUCAAGCUGGCCGCCUCUGCAGAUUCUGUCACCUGGAACUGAAACAGGGGCCGAACAGCCCACACAUCCAUUCGGGCUUCCCAGGAGUGGCAGGAAAAUACAUCUACUGCCCUUCUAAAGUAUACUCUUUGUACCGCAAUAAGGGAAUGGCCAGAGAGAUGAGCUGGAAAGAGUUUCAUGCGUCUCCUUUCUAUGAGGCAGAGAGACAAAGAUGGGUGGAUGAAAGGAAACAGUAAACUAUUCAAAGUUUUUAUAUAAUUAUUGUUUUUUGUUCUGUGUAAAUAAAAAAAUAUUUUUGAAUAGAUGUAUGUAUAUAUAUAAAUAUGAAAGUGUUUACUUGUAAAUAUUGAAAUUGGACUGCUCUUAUAUCUCUGUGUUUAAGACAGUGGUUCCCAAACUUUUUCUGUUUUUUUUUUCACUGGUUUAAGAGAAUGUUAAAUUAACCUUGUAUUUAUAACUUUCACUGAAUGUUCUGAUGCUGCUUUUUAUCUUAUACUACCCUACUUCCACCCACCAUCCAUUAUAACUUGCUUGUAAAUUAAACUAUUUUCAUGAAAAAAUUGAAA